GUUCGCUUUUGUAGCGUGACUUUUGGUCACAGUUGACAGAACAACAUGGCGGAACCUUGGAAGAACAGGGCAUGUCGUCUGGGCCACUUCCUUCUCCUUCUCUUCGUUUUUCUACUACCUGGCGUCGUCUCUUCGACCGAUUAUGACUACACCUUUACUUUACCACCGGGACAGAGGGAAUGCUUCUAUCAAGAAGUCAAGAAAGAGACGAAUUUUGAAGUUGAAUACCAGGUAAUUGAUGGAGGUGACCUGGAUGUGACCUUUGUGCUGAGGUCACCAAAGGGGGUUCCUCUUGUGACAGAACUGCGGAAGUCAGAGGGAAUUCACAGUAUUGAUGCUAAGGAGGAUGGGGACUACAUGUUCUGUUUCGACAACACCUUCAGCAGAAUCUCAGAGAAGAUGAUCUUUUUUGACGUUCUGCUGGACGCUGACACAGAGAACGAGGAUGAUGACUGGAUGGACUUUGUCAGUCCGGAGGAAGAGCUGGAUAUCAAACUGGAAGAUAUGAAGGACUCCAUGGAUCGUGUGAAGGAGCACCUCUCCAAAAGCAGACAGAUCCAGAACGUCCUGCGAGUGUUUGAGUCGAAGGACAGGAGCACACAGGAACAUAACUUUGAGAGAGUCAACUUCUGGUCUGUCAUACAACUCAUCAUCAUGAUAGUCACCGCUCUUCUACAAGUCUACACCGUUAGGCACUUGUUCGAUGAUAAGAAGAAAGUUCGAACAUAGGCUGGAAAGGCUUGUUUUUUUGUAUUCUGAUGUAGAAGAAACAUGUUUGUAUUGCAUGUGAGAGUGAUGUACAAGUACAAUGCAGUGUUCUAGCUAGCACCCAUCUUUUAGGCCUAGAAAAAAAAAUGUUGUGUUUCCUGUUUCCCGACCGACCCUAGA